UUUCAAGAUGGCGGACGAAGUAAUCGACAUUGAAGUCGCCAGGCAAAAAAUGAGACAAUGGCGCGAUGAACCUCUUCGUAACAGUGAAGAGGUCACUGAAUUUGGCGAAUGUCUUAUUUUAGAACAUGGAAAUAAACUCGGAGACGAGCUGUGGACGAUCUAUGAGCAAGUAUUCUUGGCUUCGAUCGACUGUCGAAAAAUGGAUUUGGCGACCAUGUGCUUGAGGGAACUCAAAUCACAAUUUCCUAAUAGCGUACGAGUAAAAAAACUCAAUGCAAUGCGCCUGGAAUCGUUUGAUAAAUACGACGAAGCCGAACAGAUUUAUGAGAAGAUUCUGGAGGCCGAACCAGCGAACGGUGCAGUCCGUAAAAGGCUGAUCGCCAUCCUCAAGGCGCAGAACAAGGUUGGGGAAGCAGUUAAAGAGUUGAACGAAUAUUUGAAGAAGUUCAUGAGUGAUCAAGAGGCGUGGAAUGAGUUAGUUGAGCUCUACAUCUCACAGCAGGAUUACAAAAAGGCGAAGUUCUGCAUGGAAGAAUUGAUCUUAAUAAAUCCUCACAACCAUCUGUUCCAUCAGAGGCAUGCCGAAAUCCUGUAUACCCUUGGGGGAAACGAAAACGUGGAAAAGGCAAGGAAAUACUUCGCACAAGCUCUCAAACUCGAUAAUAACAACAUGAGGGCUCUGUUUGGCUUUUUCAUGGCCUCUGCUCAUUUAGCAAAUGCCUCCAAAGAUGUUAAGGCCAAGAAGGAAAAUUCUAAAUUCGCUGCCUGGGCGGCAACACAGAUAAGUGAGAGGUAUCAGAGUGUGAACCAAGCCCACGAAGAGGAGGGUUUUUUAGAACUAGAGAGCAUGCUAGACUCUCUACAGAUUGCCAUUCCACAGAAUAUUUCUUCACAGCGACUUGGUGACAAUUAGAUUUUUACAGGCAGAUACAUGGUAUGUAUCUACAUGAACAUGCAAGUGAAUAUUGAGGAGUUCAAACCUAUGGAGCACAAGACUUAAAUAUUUCUUUUACAAUUGUUGUUUGAUUUGAAAAUCUUGAAACUGAGUAGUGAAAAGCCCAUUUGAUGGGGAUAUAUGGCAGAUUGUUCAAUUUACAUAUAACUUACACGUAUGAUAUUAAAUCUCUAGGUCACAAUCAUCAGCUUUUGUCAAUUUAUGCUAUCUUCAUCAUUCUCCCUUAUUUUUGGUCAGUUUAUUAAAAAAAUUUAACUCUUGUAUGAUCUGAACUGACAAAGUUGAUAGCUGGGUUGAAUUAUGUUUGCAUAGUUAGGAGAACAUAUUGCUUUGCCCUUCUUGGAGGAUCAGGGGCAUGCUCCCACGCUUGUGUAAGGUGACAAACACAAAAAGCUGGACUAAACAAAAUACAAAAAAUGUUAGUUCAGGAUAGAUAUUACCAUGGGUGAAAAUUUUUUAGAUGCUUUAAUGAUGCACAGGUACACGUAGCUCUUUUAAACAAGUCUAGUGUGAUUUAAUUAAAUACUUAAACCCAAUGUAUAUGCACAUGAAGCUUAUUUACAAGCAAAGGUAUUUGUGUGAAUAAGACUCUCUUCAGUGUGAAUAAGCCUCUCUACAGUACUAACUAUAUGCCAAUUUUCCAAGCUAUUUUAUUUUGGAGUAGUAAAGGUCAGAUAGAAGCCUCUCAUAUUGUGAUAAAAUAAUGUUGGACAUAUUAUAAGAAGACAUAGAAAAGCUGUAAAAAGUAUGCACAUGGGUGCACUUUGUACAUGUGUACCUAUCUGAUUUCUACAUUGAAACAGUAAGAAGAACAUUGUGUUGAGCAAGUGCUUAUGUACUAAAUAGAGGA